UCUCAUCGGCGGCAGCCAUGAGGUCGCUGUGUCUCGUCACCGUGGGGGUCUUGGCUCUGACGCUGCUCAUCGCCAGCGUCUCCUUGUUGGUGGCGCAUGUCUUUCAGACGGUGGUGGACCUGCAAGUGAAGCAGGGAACAGUAUUAAAAAAUGGCACAGAAACCUUUGAAGCUUGGGAAGAUCCUCCUCCACCAGUCUACAUGCAGUUUUACUUUUUUAAUGUGACAAAUCCACUAGAAGUGCUUCAAGGUGCUACUCCUCUUGUAGAGGAAAAAGGGCCAUAUACCUACCGAGAAUACAGGCCAAGAGUGCAUGUUCAGUUUUUGGACAACGGCACCAAAGUAUCUGCUCUGAAUCCAAAGACGUAUGUAUUUGAACCUCAGAAGUCAGUUGGAGACCCUGAAGUGGAUCUGAUUAGAACAAUUAAUGUUCCUGCAGUGACUGCAAUGGAGUGGACCAGGGCAACAUCUCUUCAAUUUGCCACGGAGGUGCUGUUGCUCCUAUACCAAGAAUCCCUGUUCACAGUUCGCACAGUGCAUGAAUUACUGUGGGGCUACAAAGACAAACUCCUGUCAACCAUUCAUGUUUUGCAUCCUGAAAUCGACCCAGUGUUUGGCUUCUUUAAUAAGAUGAAUGGAACUGAUGAUGGAGAAUAUGUUUUCCUAAGUGGAGAAAUGAACUACCUUAACUUCUCAAGAAUUGUGGAAUGGAAAGGAAAAGAGUCAUUGAACUGGUGGACAACAAAGACUUGUAACAUGAUCAAUGGAACAGAUGGGACAUCUUUUCAUCCACUGAUUAGCAAAGAUGAGAACAUUUAUAUAUUUUCCUCUGAUUUCUGCAGAUCUCUUUAUCUGGUGUAUGACAGCUCAGGAAGUGUUGCAGGCGUCCCAACCUACCGCUUUGUGCCCUCCCCUAUGGUGUUUGCCAACACCACCGUUAACCCAGACAACGCUGGAUUCUGCGUACCACCAGGGAACUGCCCUGGUGCUGGUGUCCUCAAUGUCAGCAUCUGCAAGCAAGGUGCUCCCAUAUUUCUGUCAGCUCCACAUUUUUACCAAGCAGAGCAAAAGUUUAUAAGUGACAUAGAGGGCAUGCAUCCAACAAAGGAAUACCACGAGACAUUUGUGGAUAUCAAUCCUCUGACAGGGCUUGUCCUGCAAGCAGCCAAGCGGAUGCAGAUCAAUGUUCAUGUCAGAAAAUUACCUGAAUUCUUUGAAACGGGCAACAUCCGAACACUAAUUUUCCCGGUGAUGUAUAUAAAUGAGAGCGUUCUGAUUGAUGAAGUGUCUGCCAACAAACUCAAGCAUGUCCUGCUGGAAGCCAGUGUUGUAACUGGAAUCCCUUUUGUAAUCAUGGCAAUAGGAAUUGUUUUUGGGAUUGUUUUUAGUGUGCUUGUGUGCAGGUCUCAGGGAGUAAGAGAAGAGGGAAGGGAUGUUUUAAUAGACACAGAAUAAAAGCACCAAAACAAAGGAAUGCAGCUAAUAUAAGAGACAAUCGUGGUAAGACAGGUAGUAUUUUCUGUGCCUAAUUUCCUUGUUGAUAGUAGUAUAAAAAAUAAAAAUCAGCCUGUCUAGAGGACCCUGGAGGGUAAUAUGCGAAAAGCCCACCGUAUUUGAUGAACAGCUUUAGUCACAGGCAGUCUGACAGUGUUCUCAGUAGAAACAGUUGUCUUAUGCCAGUUGAUUAUUUUUCAGAAUCAUUAUGCAAAUUUAUAACUAAAGAAUGGAUGAAUUUUACAAACAGCAGCAUGCAAAUAGUGCUGUCCAGAUAAUACUAGUUUGUACACCUAUUUAUGAAAAAUUCUGUUUCAAAAUAUCAUGCUGGUGUUAAGGCCGCUAGUUAACAACGUUGAAAGCCAAAAUUUCACCCUAAGACAGAAGGGUCCAGAUGAGAUAAACUUUGGAUUCUUUGGAAGGAACAGACUGGGUACUCUAGUAGGCUGCUUUCUUUCUGUAGCUGCUGUGAUCUUAGUGUGGUGUUGCUUGUAUGAUGCUCCCCAAGCACUUCUUUAAAGCCUUGUAGAAAAGCACACAGAACUCCCAGAGCACACAGCUCUGCUUUGUGUGCACUUCUAGCCUGUGGGACCCAGUGCCAGCUGGGGAUGUGGCGGUGGUGGCAGCAGCUUGACAAGAGGUGUGCAGCCUCCCUUCCUCUAGCAGUGGCCUCGAGGAGCUGAUCUCUGGCUCUUUUGCUUCAGUCUUGUAUGUCUCCGGGAGCCCAGGAAGCAUUGCACCACCAGGGUUCUCAGGAUCAUAGUUCAGGUUCCUUUUCAUGAGAGCCCAGUUCUUUUUCCUUUGGGCUUUUGAGCCUGCUGUGUCACAGGCAGACUCGGGUAGAAAAUCAAAAGUAUCCCAUUGCCUGAGGGCCCUGUCCCAAGCAUUCCUGCCCCUCACUACAUGUAUGGCUCCAUACCAGCCCUCUUGGCUGUUCCUGAGCAUUGCUACACAGUGAAUAAAAUGACAGAGGGACACGUACUUCUCGUAUUUUCUCUAUAUUGCUUUUGUUGCUUUCCCUGCAAACGUAAAAAUGAUUCUGCCAAUCAGAGCUAUCUUUGUGAUGCAGGGUGACUAUGGUCUUUUGUCACGUGGAAGGUACGACAGGGAUCCUGAGCAAUCUCAGUUGUCCAGGCAUGAUGUCAGUAGGCUGAAUGCCCGUGUCGUCUGGAGAAUGCAGCACCUGUAUGGAGUGCAUCCUGGCCCUUUUCCUCCACUCACCCCGAUCCCCUUCUGCCUCUGCAGAGGCACAGGGAAAUCUGGGACAUCUCUUUGCCUCGUCCCAGUGCCGGUACCUGCCAAAGCUGCCAUCCACCCUCCAGCACCUCCCCUGCACAGUGAGGGUUCCCUUAGUAAAUCUGCACUUAGAAGUAGGAGCCAAGAGCUUUUUCCUUUCCUCUUUGGAGGUUAAGACAUUUAGCUUCUCCACCACUGGAGCUCUCUAAUGUGCCAUAUUUAAUUUUCCUUUGUUGCAACUUUUUUC